AUGAUCAUUCAUAACACAACGGAUUGUAGUUAUCUAGUGGGAAGUUUUCGAGCCUAUGUAUGCCCAAUAAUUGCAGUUAUCGGUUUAAUAGGAAAUAUUUUCAUUAUUGCAAUAUUCGCUCAAGAGAAACCGCGUUCAAGAUUUUCAAUUUAUGCUAUUUCCUUAUCUAUAGCAAAUAUUAUCACAUUGGUUAUGAAUACAUUCAUUGAUGAUUUUCUCGGACGUGGUCUAUCAUUUGCAACAAAACAUCACUUCUAUUAUAAAUUGGAUACUACCUCAGAAUUCUGGUGUAAAAGUGUCGAGUAUAUAUCGAAUGCAAUGUACUUCACUUCAUCUUAUCUUGUUGUUAUUUUUUCAAUUGAUCGACUGUUAACUAUUCAUCAACCUAUAAAAUUCUAUUCAAUAUACCAUAAACGUUGGGCUCUAGUUGCGUGUAUUAUCAUUUUUCUGAUAGGAAUAAUUAGUAAUUCACCACUGUUAUCUGUUCAAACUUUAAUGAGUGAUCCAUCAAGCCGUACAAAUUUCACCUGUCGAAUGAUUUCUGAGCAUCCAAUAGCGAAAUUCACCAUAGCAUUUGAGACAAUCAUCACCUUCACAAUACCAUUUUGUUUAGUGUUAUUUUUAAACACUUUUAUUUGUAUACAAUUGUGGACUUUGAAAGUAAAUCGUGAAACACUCCUACCAAUGGAUUCUUGUCGAAAUCGUACGGAGAUGGGACGAGUUUUUGGUCAUUUGGCCUUGAGUACCGCAUUCUUAUUAUUGUAUCUGCCAAUGGUAUGUGUUGUAUUGAUUCGUUUGAGGCAGACAUUACUGCAUAUCGAUAGGCAUAAACCGUAUGCAGUGUGUAUUAUUGACUUGUCUCGAUUUUUCUCUUCUGCUAAAGAUAUCACUUAUGCAGUGAACUUUUUCUUAUAUCUAAUAUUUUUACGAAAUUUUAGACAACGAUUUCUACAUUUCAUCUACAGACUGUGCUGUAAAAAUGAACCACCGGUAUAUCAGUCAACUUUGCGUCGACAACACGAUAGUAGGUUGAGCAGUAAGCGUUAA